AUGCCCCAGGCACCGACAUCGCGGCCCAAGCCGCCUCCGCCGGGCGAGGAGGAGGCCGGCACGGAGCUGAAGCUAGGCGAGUUCGAGGGCGUCGAGACCCUGUCGCUGUCCGAGGCAUGGCUCGUCAUCAAUGCCCUCAUGGCCAAGCGCCGCAACGACCGCAAGAACGUCAACGAGACAGAGGUCCUCACGAAAACAGUAGACUACCUCGACGCGUUUGCGCGGUUCAAGCGCAAGGAAAAUGUCGAGGCAGUGGAGCGGCUGCUGGCGUCACACACGGAGCUGACCAAGUUUGAGCGGGCAGCGCUGGGGUCGCUGUGCCCAGACGGCGUGGAGGAGGCGAAAACGCUGAUCCCGUCGCUGGCCAACAAGAUUACGGACGACGACCUGUUGGAGCUGCUGGAGGAGAUGGGCAAGCUGCAGGGUUGA